UUAAUCUCAUGCCUUCCCAGCAAGCCAAGCAGCACACUAAGGAGCUAUUCCCAAAAGAGGAAGGAAAAGAUGCGGUUCAAGAUGGGAAGCGUCCUGCUGUCUCUUCUUUUCUGGUACAAAGCUGUGCUGGCCCUCUCCCCAGGAGAGGAUGAGAGACUGGAGCUGUGGCACAGCAAGGCUUGCAAAUGUGACUGCCAAGGAGGUCCUAACUCGGUGUGGUCCAGUGGGACUAACAGCUUGGAGUGCAUGCCAGAGUGCCCCUACCACAAGCCUCUGGGCUUCGAGUCCGGCGCUGUCACCCCUGACCAGAUAAGCUGCUCCAACCCUGAGCAGUACACGGGCUGGUACUCCUCCUGGACGGCCAACAAGGCCCGCCUCAACGGCCAAGGCUUUGGGUGCGCGUGGCUCUCCAAGUACCAGGACAACGGGCAGUGGCUGCAGAUUGACCUGAAGGAGGUGAAGGUGAUCUCGGGGAUCCUCACGCAAGGGCGCUGUGACGCUGAUGAGUGGAUGACCAAGUACAGUGUGCAGUACCGCACCGAUGAAAACCUCAACUGGGUUUACUACAAGGACCAGACUGGGAACAACCGGGUCUUCUAUGGCAACUCGGACCGCUCGUCCUCGGUGCAGAACCUGCUGCGGCCGCCCAUCGUGGCCCGCUACAUCCGCCUCAUCCCGCUGGGCUGGCACGUGCGCAUCGCCAUCCGCAUGGAGCUCCUCGAGUGCCUGGGCAAGUGCGGCUGA